GCUACAGGAAAGUUCCCUGACUUCCCUGAUGAAGAAGAUGGUGGAUCCAAGACUAUCUUUGCUCAGAAGACCCCAGAAGAGGUUGCUGCUGAGCUUGCAGCUAAGGAGGAGGCCAAGGAAAAAAAGAAAAAGGAAAAAGGGAAGAAAGAAAAAGAGAAGAAAAAGGAAAAAAAGGGAAAAACUAAAGCUAAAGGGAAAAAGGGGAAAGGCACCGAAGAGGAGGAAGAACCAGGCUGGAAAAUGAAGCCAAGCCAGUUCUUGCCAGACAUAGGGUCUUCACGCCACACAUAUGAAGCUGUUUGGCAAAAUCGAGAUGAGUCCUGGAAUCUUCACCAGACACAUGACUCUGAGCUCAUAAAAGAAGAAAAGAGGAAGGAAGUAGAAGAAGAGAUUAGGCUACAGGUCGAUGAGUUGAUGAGACAAGAGUUACAGAACCUGAAACUGUCUGUGGACAGAGACAAAAACAAGAAGAAAAAAGGGAAAAAAGGAGGAAAGAAAAAGAAGAAAGGGAAGAAAAGUGGUAAAAGAAAGAAAAAGAAGGAAAAAGAUCUAACUCCAGACAGGACCAUUGAUUCGUUAUACGAGGAACUGGUUACUGAAGGUCUUCUCAUAAAACCAAAGCCUGUCAAGAUGUCAGAUUUCAUAGCUGAAUACAGUUAUUUGGGCACCACCCUACGCCAGGCUGACAUUGAGCCCAUGCCAUCCCUCAGUGAUGUCAAGCAGCUGCUAGUCUUGUAUGGAGUUCUGCCUUUAGGUUGUGAAUCAGUGCAUGAGAAGGCACCAUCAGUGAAAGCCCUUCUUCUUACAGGACCAGCGGGUGUUGGAAAAAAGAUGCUGGUGAAUGCCAUCUGCAAUGAGACGGGAGCAAACUUGUUUAACUUAUCACCAGCCAAUAUUGCUGGAAAAUACCCAGGCAAGAGCGGACUGCAGAUGAUGUUGCACAUGGUGCUGAAGGUGGCCCGUCAGCUGCAGCCAUCAGUCAUAUGGAUCGAUGAUGCUGAGAAGAGUUUUUAUAAGAAAGUACCUAAGACAGAAAAGCAGUUAGAUCCCAAACGAUUAAAAAAGGACCUUCCAAAAUUUCUGAAAUCUAUAAAAGAAGAGGAUCGGAUUGUAGUUGUGGGUACUAGUCAGCGGCCAUUUGAUGCUGAAGUGAAACCUUUCUGUAAAAUAUAUAAGAAGAUUGUAUUGGUACCUAGGCCUGAUUAUGCUGCACGGCUAGUGUUGUGGAAACAGUUGAUUUCUCUACGAGUAGACAGUGCAAUGUCUCUAAACUUCAGUGCCCUAGCAAAGAUCACGGAUGGAUUCACCCCUGGUCACAUGGUGCAGGCAGUGGAUACAGUGCUUAAUGAAAGAAGGAUCAGGCAGCUUUCUCGCAAGCCCUUGGCAGCCUCAGAGUUUCUGGGUUCCUUGUCGCGACAAGAGCCAGUGUACAAGGAAGAAGAGGAAGCUUUCAAGAGCUGGUACUCCAAGACACCCCUUGGGAAGAAGAAAAGCAAAGCAAUACCAGGCACAGAGGAAGAUGCUGGAAAAGAAAAAGGGAAAAAGAAAAGUGCAAAGAAAGGAAAGAAGAAAUAG